AUGCAUUCUAAGACUCUGGCUCUGCUGUGCCUCUCAGCCUCUGUUCUGGCUACUGCCGAACUGGAGAAGAAGCAAUAUGGCGACUCCUCCGAUGACUACUACAACAGUCUCAUGGGCGAUCUCAAUAGCCUAGCCUCCGAGACCGACUAUCUUGACUACCUCACGGACUCGGACUAUAGCGACAUAUAUAAAGACUUGCCCACCAACUACCUGAGCGACUACUCUGACUACCUGAAUGACUACACCCUGAGCGACUAUGGGCUGACGGACUACCCCAGUGCGACGCACUUGGGUGGGGGUGACAGUCAUGACACUGACAGUGCCAGUGAGACGACCGCUAAUAGUCUCGAUAUGCCUACUAUGACGACGGGCCCUUCAUUGACAGGACUCGGCGAUGCACCCCCGGCCUCGAUCCAGUCUGUGCUCAUCACUGCGAUUCCGGAAUCCUAUCUGUCCCAACUGGGCAACCCAUCAGCGCGGUCGUCCAUCUUCAGCGAGAUCGCAGACGGCCACUACCCGCAGUGGUAUGCGGAUCUUCCUAGCAGCGUCAAGAGUUGGGUUUCCGAGCACUACGAGCCCACUGGAGGGCCUGGUAGUGGAGGUCAUGGAAAUUCGGCACCGGCGACCGGAGUCAUGGCGUCCGGGGUGGCGGCUGCUGCGGGUGUGUUGGCCCUUGCGGUGUUACUGUAG